GGAGAGCAUAGGGUAGGAUAGGACUCUCUCCUCUUCUCUCCUCCUCCCUCCACAAUGAACUGAAAAGGCUCUGAUCAUCUCAUCUUUCCUCACGGGCAGGCAAGGCAGAGUUAGAUUUUGAUAUCUAUCUAAGUCUACAUGACUUUCAUUACCCCAACCCGCAUACAGAAAUAUAAACCAAAAAGUAUGUGAAUUGGAGUCUGUGAAGCUGCAGUAAGCUGUUGGUAGGGUCAACAACACAGGGAGGGUCACGUGAUAUGAUCACGUGAUAUUGAUGACGUGUCAGAGCUUUAGUGGUUCAUUGGGUGGGGAGGAGUUGAUGUGGCAUCCACACCAUGACCAUACCACCAGAUGCUUUCUUCUUGCUUUUUUCUUCCACUUUUUAUUGCUCCCACCUUACUCUUAUAUCCUUCCCCCACUCCUUAAACCUAAGCACACUCACACACACACACACACACACACACACUCUCACUUUCCUUAUUCUCUACUUCAUCAACCUCUCUCUCUCUCUCUCUCUACCCCUUAUAGAUAGAUGGCAACAAAACCUGCUGAAGAAGCUCCUGGAGCCUUAAAAUACCAGACAUGGGUCCUGAAAGUCUCAAUUCACUGUGAAGGCUGCAAGAAGAAAGUGAAGAAAGUCCUUCAAGGCAUUGAAGGGGUUUACACGACGACGGUUGAUUCUCAGCAGCACAAGGUGACGGUGACUGGUAACGUGGAGGCAGAGACCCUUCUCAAGAAGCUGUUGAGGUCAGGCAAACACGCCGAGCUUUGGCCUGAAACUAAGAAAGCCAAAAAAUCAAAAUCAAAGAAUAAUAAUAAUGAAAAGAAGACGGCAGAUAGUAGUGAAAAAGAUGGCGAUCAUGAGGAUGGCCAUGGUGAUCAACCUGAUCAAAUCAACGGCGGUGAUGAUGCUGAUGAUGGUGGUGAGUCGGACAAAGAGGGUGACGAAAGUAAUGAAGCUGCUGGUGGUGGUGGUGGAAAUAGUGCAAGUACUGGGGCUAAAAAGAAGAAAAAGAAGAAGAAGAAGAAAGGGCAAAAUGGUAAUUCUACAAAUGUCAGCGGCGGUGGCAACCCCGGUGACACAUAUUUUGGUGAUGCUCCGGGAGGUGGAAUUGUACCGUCUAUGGCUGCUCUUGAGGUGGCUCAAGCGAUGGGCUCCAUGAAUAUGAGCCCACCAAUUCAGCACGUGUACCCCGGCCCAUACCCUUCAUCAAUGUACUAUCAGCCUCCAACAUAUGGGCUAAAUUACAAUACGGCCUGUCCUACGAGUACAGCUACUUCAUACUUUGCUCCUGAUGCCAUGCAUUCUACUACGUAUUCUCACCCGGAUAUGUACUCGCCCGCUCUGCCGUCCGAUUCUUUCGAAACAUUCUAUGUGGAGGAUGACGAGCACGAUGAAGACGAAAGUGGGUGUCACAUUAUGUGAGAAUUAGAAUUAUGAGGCUUAUGUAUACGUACGUACGUACGUAGAACUAAUUAAUGUAUUAUAUACUAGUAUAUAUAUAUAGUGUGUGUACUUUGGAGGGGAAGAGAGGUUUAAUUUUGUAACCUGUAAUAAUUAAUGGGUCUGGUCUUUGUUAUAUAUAUGUAGCUAUAGCUUUUUUACUA